AUGGAUCCCCUCAGAUGGGCACCAGCAACCCUCCAGGACAAGAGGCCACUGCUCCACAGCACCACAGCUGCUCACUCCACAGCAACCUCCUCUCUCAACCAUGAACGGCAAAGUCGUGGCUGUCCUGGCUCUCCUCCUCGUCUCAGCAGCGCUGUCUGAAGGCCGGGCGCUGGCAAGGAUGGCAACCGAGCUGCGGUGCCAGUGCAUCGCCACUCAUUCAAGGUUCAUCCCUCCCAAAUCCAUCCAGGAUGUGAAGCUAACACAGAGUGGCCCUCACUGCAAGAACGUGGAAGUCAUAGCUACUCUGAAGGAUGGCAAAGAGGUGUGCUUGGAGCCCACUGCUCCCUGGGUACAGCUGAUCAUCAAGGCCAUUUUGUCCAAGGCCCAACUCAACUCCGACUCCCCUCUCUAA